AUUAAAAUUAAUUCUGUGUUGUACUGUCCUGUGAGUUUGGACAAAUGCAUAAUGUCAUGUAUCUACCAUUAAGGUAUUAUACAGAAUAAUUUCACUGUGUUAAAAAUCCCCUGUGCUCUCGCUAUUUUCUCUCAGUCUGUGUGUGGCUUGUCUUUUCAUGAUCUUUUUUACAAGACUGCCAGGUUUGUAUGCCAGCAACAGACCAAUACACUGAGACAGCAAGGUUUGCAGCAGAAAAAGAAUUUAGUAAUUGCAAGUUCACCCAACAAGGAAACUGGAGGAAUUCUCAAGCCUCAAGUCUCUUUUGUCAGGAGUUCUGGGCAAGGGUUUUUAGGGUGAUGGUGAAAGGUGAGUGGCUGGAAAAUAGGGAUUGCCAAUUGGUCCGGGAAGGGGAUGAAGUCAUCAGGAUGUGAAAACUGCAUUCUUCUAUGAGUCAGCUUCUCACCAGGCCCUUCAGACCAGCUGGCGUCGGUAAUUCUGUUUGUAUGCAGAACCUAGAGGAGUAAACAGAGAGAGAGCUUACUAUCUCACAUUGCCUUAGGUUUAUCUACAGAACGAAGAGCGACAAGGGCUAUGCUAUCCUGGGUAGUGAGCAGUGACCAGCUAUGAGGAAGUGGGCAAAAGGUCUACUGCCCCCCAAAACUCAUAUAUUGGAAAUGUAAUUCCCAGUGCAACAGUGUUGGGAGGUGUUUAGGUCAUGAGAACACCACUCUCACAAAUGAAUUAGUGAUGCUAUAGAAAGGAUUCACCCACUCUGCUUUUCUACCAUGAGGACACAGCGUUUAUCCACUCGGGAGGACUCACCAUUCAAAGCGCCAUCUUGAAAUCAGAGUCUGGACUCUUACAAGACAAUGAAUCCGCUGGUACCUUGAUCUUGAACUUCUCAGGCUCCAGAACUGUGAGAAAUAAAUUUCUGUUCUUUAUAAAUUAUCUAGUCUGUGGUAAUCUGUUAUAACAGCACAUUUUGGACUAAGACAGUUUUCUUCUGAAGGCUCCCAUGUCACAUAAAGCUUUUAUUAAAUACAUUUGUACACUUCAAAGUCCUGUUCAUCUGUUUAUGUCUGUUUAAUUCACAGGCCCCAUUGAAAACCCUAAUAAGGUAGAGGUCAAAUUUUGGCUCCCCUCUAGAGAAAAGGCCAUGUGAUGGUAGAGGCAGAGGUUGGAAUGAGGCAGCUCCAAGCCAAAGAAUGCUGAGAAUUGCCAGCAACCACCAGAAAGUAGGAGUAGGCAAGGAAGGCUCCUUCCCAGCACCUUCAGAGAGGGCGUAGCCUGGACAGCAACUGGCUUGAAAUUCCAGGCUCCAGAACUGUGAGAUAGUACAUCUCUGCUGGUUCAGCCACCCAGUGUGUGGUAUUUUAUGGCCGCUCUAGAAAACUAAUACCAGAAGGUACCGGGGAGGAGAGGCAUUGUGUAAAUCUUACAAUUAAAUCCCUGAGCUGUGGCCUUUCUCUUUUUCUCCCCUGAUGGAGACUAAAAGGCUCAUUGCCCUUCCCCUUGGGCUGAUAAGGCGCUGAUAAGGCAGUAUCCUUUGAUGGGAACACUUAGGGAGAACAGAAUGCUCCAGGCUUUCAAAAUGGUUACUUUUCCCACUUUUCCACUGGGCAUGGUUUUAAAUGGUUACUUUUCCUCUCCUUUAGCCUGAAGCCUGGGGAUUUUUCUCCUGUCUUCACAGUGAGAAACUGGUGCCCUUCCUGGAGGUAACCCCAGGAAAAUGUGGGGCUUCCCUACCACAGGAACCCCAGGAGUCUAUAACACUUAAGCUCCUCCAAACACUCAGCCUCCAGCAACUUAUCAACUACCAUGUAAGGGCCCCUCCAAGUUGCCAGCUCCGGGGUGGCUUCUGCUUCUGGAAGAAGAAGCUCCAAAGAAGCUCUGGAGGAAGCUCCUGGAAGAAGAUUUCUGAAGAAGCUCCUGAAGCUCCGAAGCUGCCCCACUGGCGAAGUCGGAGUUGUGACUCAGUGGGCAUGAAUUGCUGUGUGAUGCCGGGAGGUGUUUGUUAUUCUUGACAAAGUCAUUUGAAUCCGACACUUCAAGAGAGUGAAAGAAGUCCCAUCUGAUCUGUUGUUGGUGUCGUAGGAAGAAACAUGAGCCAGCCAAACACCAGCGGGAACUGCUCCUUCGAGGGCGUGAACGAGCUGAUGAAAACCCUGCAGCUGACAGUCCACAUCCCCACCUUCCUCCUGGGCCUGCUUCUCAACCUGCUGGCCAUCUUCGGCUUCAGCUCCUUCCUGAAGAAGAGGUGGCCCGAUUACGCUGCCACCUCCAUCUACAUGAUCAACCUGGCGGUCUUUGACCUGCUGCUGGUGCUCUCCCUCCCGUUCAAGAUGGUCCUGUCCAAUGUGCGGCCCCCCUUCCCGUCCCUGUGCACCCUGGUGGAGUGCCUCUAUUUCAUCAGCAUGUACGGAAGUGUCUUCACCAUCUGCUUCAUCAGCAUUGACCGGUUCUUGGCCAUCCGGUACCCACUCCUGGUCAACCACCUCCGGUCCCCCAGGAAGACCUUUGGGAUCUGCUGCACCAUCUGGGUCCUGGUGUGGACCGGGAGCAUCCCUGUCUAUAGUUUCCAUGGGACAGUGGAGAAUUACAUGUGCUUCCACAACAUGUCUGACAGUACCUGGAGUGCGAAGGUGGUCUUCCCGCUGGAGGUGUUUGGUUUCCUCCUUCCCAUGGGCAUCAUGGGCUUCUGCUCCUCCAGGAGCAUCCACAUCCUGCUGGGCCGCCGCGACCACACCCAGGACUGGGUGCAGCAGAGAGCCUGCAUCUACACCAUUGCAGUCAGCCUGGCCGUCUUUGUGGUCUCCUUCCUCCCAGUCCACCUGGGGUUCUUCCUGCAGUUCCUGGUGAGGAACGGCUUUAUCGUAGAGUGCAGAGCCAAGCAGAGGAUCAGCUUCUUCUUGCAACUGUCCAUGUGUUUCUCCAACAUCAACUGCUGCCUGGAUGUUUUCUGCUACUACUUUGUCAUCAAGGAAUUCCGCAUGAACAUCAAAGCCCACCGGCCUUCCAGGGUCCAGCUGGACACCACGAUCUCCCGGGGCUAAGGGAAGGACACCCUGCUCAGGGAAGGAAGUCCUGACCCCGAAUUCUGGAAACGGAUAUUGAGUUCCAGGGUUUGAUGUGGCGGAAUGAUCCAUGCUGUCUUCACUGAUAUGCUUCUCUUUGAUGUCCAUUGAGUGCCAGCUUUGCUCAUUAUACCCCCAAGACCUUUUUUCCAGUGUCCGGACAGCUCCACAUGUACCACCCAAUGUUCAGGGGUCUCUGAAGAACCCCAAACUAGGUGAAUUAUUGAUUUCUAAGUCCAGAAACUAUAGAGCAGAAGAAUUAAGAAAGAAUGAGACUAUGUGGACAAGGUCUUUCCAACUCUUCCCAUUUUUCUGUUAGACUGGGAGGUUCUGGAAAGAAGAGAGAAAAAGAGAGAGGAAGUAGAGGAGGGAACUAAGAGAGUCAGUUAUGGGGGAGAGGGUCCUGGGCACAGCUAGGGUGGCAGGGAUGAAUGAAGCCCCUUUUUAGUCUGGGUGUCCCAGGAUGAAGCAGACUUGCGUGUUCCAGUGCCUUCUGUGUUGCCAAAAGCCUCACUGAGAUGACAGCCAAUGGGGUAGUGUUUGGGGCUGGGCAAGCGUGUGUGGAUCACCCAAGUUUCCAGUGGGCCUCAGAAAGGUGAAGGAAGCCAGCCGGACCUUUCUGUGCCCGUGAGAAGGCUGCAGAAUGACCGAGUGUGGUGUUGAUGACAUCCAAGAGCCGUGAAGGGACAGGACACUCCUGGGGAAGGAAGCAGACAGCCCCUCCCCCAUUGCCAUCGGGAUGGCCACAGGAUAGGGUGUUGGUGCCAGCCCAGGGCGAGGAGAGGCAGUGGGAGACGGCCCCGGGAGAGGGGAGACCCCUGACUCGCUUUUUAUCUUGAACAGGCUGUGAAGUUGCACAUUACACGUUUCCUUGAAAACAAUGGCAGAGAAUCAGGCCUGCCUUGGUUCCACCAUAUGAAGGUGGAGGAGGUGCUGUCUUGCUCACCUGCAUCCUGGCUGGGCAGCUGGCACCUGUGGCACUGCCCGUCGAGCCAUUCCCUCCCCAGCAGCUGGGAGGGAGAAGAUGAGGCAGCUAGGCACAAGCGGUGGUUGGGAGGGAGGUUGGGGAGGCUUGAGAAAGAAGGCAGGGUGGGGAGUCCCUGCAGUCCCCAGGAAACUGUAAACAACUGAGUCACGCCUGGAUGUCUUCUCUAAGGACCUGGAGGAGGAGUGCGCAGUGACAGCGGAAGACUUCUGAUGACUCAGCUGCCCCGGAGAAUGAAAUGAUGAGAAGGAUCAGUUGUGGGGUGGUUUGCACGACCAAGUGAGUGGGAUGAUGAGUGACUGAUGAGACUUUGUGUGAGCAAGGUCUUUCGGAGGAAAAGCAACUGCUGUCUACCGUAGGAUCUGGACCCAUGUGGGGAGGUGGGAAGGGCUCGGGAGGGGUGGCGGCAGGACGGGGAGAAGAGAGGGAUUUGGAUAAACGUGGACCUGCAGAGGAGGAGGAGGAAAAGGAAGAGGAGAAGGAGGGAAGCCGAGCAAUGACCCUAGGUCUGAAGCCCGCAGGGAGUGCAGGAUGAAGGGGGAAACUGGCUGAGCUGCUUUCCACCUGAGAGCCUUUCCUGGCUGGCCUAAGAGCCAUGGACCAGCAGGAGCCGCCUUCUCAGGAGCAGCCCCCGCUGCUGUGUGCUCAGGUGGCACUCUGAGCACCUCCUCCUAGGUGGAACUGAUCAUGUAGGGUGGGUCAGGGAGGGGAGCCAGGACCCAUGAGCUGUACCACCGUAAGGGGUAGGUCCUUGGAGGGCAUCAGCAGUCUCAGUGUGAUGUGACAACUAUGGACCUGUGGGUGGGCCCUGGGGACCCUGACGCAUCCCGAAACAUGGUGGGAAGAAGGGCCUCUUCUCCUUGGGGACCCAAACUGUCCCACGUAUCUGUGGGAGCGGGUGCAGAUCCACGCUGCAGACCACUAUGGCUGCUCGGCAGGAGGGCUGAGAGUCUGGACCCACGCAGCUGCAACCCAUUCCGCCCCAUGACCGGCAGCGGCGCCCGGCGGCACAGGAGGGGCGGAGGGUUAGCACUGGAAAAAAACGACUUCAUUAACCUGAUUCGCCAAAUAAAUAGAUUCAUGUGAUGCUGUGUGACCUUGUCUUGGACUACGCUUACUGGCCUCAGAGAAAAGCAGACCUCAGAUGGCCCCUGCCAGGUCACCCAGCAAUCUUGAUCUCCUCAGCAGCCACCUGGCCACCAAGUGUGGGCUGUAGGGAGUGGCCCUUGCUGCUCAGGAGCACAGCUGGGCCUGUCCAGGUGAUCAGGAGCCAGACCUUCGGGGUCUAGUUCCCACUCCCCUGCAUCCAUGUGGGUUCUCCGUAGCAGCAGCCAGGCUGCACAGACCCCACAUACCCAGCUGCAGCCAACCCCACCCUGCCCCUGCUACCUUGUCCCACGGCCCUGUGACACUGCAGCAGCUUCCAUAGGCCCUGGCUCCUGUGCAUACAUGUGGGUGGGGGGCCCAGCACGAGGCCUGCUGACC